GAAGCGGAAGUGGCGGGUGCAUAUCCCAGCUGCCUCUUAGCAACGCGCGGGGUGUCAAGUGACACAGCCAGCUGACUCCGGUAAAGGAAGACGCUGUGGCUGGGUCUGUUGCAGCUACGAUUGCCCGGCCGGGGACCCGAGCCACAGAGUCAUCGUCAGAAUGUCGGGCAAAGAUCGAAUUGAAAUCUUUCCUUCGCGAAUGGCACAGACCAUCAUGAAGGCUCGAUUAAAAGGAGCACAGACAGGUCGAAAUCUCCUAAAGAAGAAAUCUGAUGCCUUAACUCUUCGAUUUCGACAGAUCCUAAAGAAGAUCAUAGAGACUAAAAUGUUAAUGGGUGAAGUGAUGAGAGAAGCUGCCUUUUCACUUGCUGAGGCCAAGUUCACAGCAGGGGACUUCAGCACCACGGUUAUCCAAAAUGUAAAUAAAGCCCAAGUGAAGAUUCGAGCGAAGAAAGAUAAUGUAGCAGGUGUUACUUUGCCAGUAUUUGAACAUUACCAUGAAGGAACUGACAGUUAUGAACUGACUGGUUUAGCCAGAGGUGGGGAACAAUUGGCUAAAUUAAAGAGGAAUUACGCCAAAGCAGUGGAACUACUGGUGGAACUAGCCUCGCUACAGACUUCCUUUGUUACUUUGGAUGAAGCUAUUAAGAUAACCAACAGGCGUGUAAAUGCCAUUGAACAUGUCAUCAUUCCCCGGAUUGAACGUACCCUUGCUUACAUCAUCACAGAGCUGGAUGAGAGAGAGCGGGAAGAGUUCUAUAGGUUAAAGAAAAUACAGGAGAAGAAAAAGAUUCUCAAGGAAAAAUCUGAGAAGGAGUUGGAGCAACGGAAGGCAGCUGGUGAGGUGCUGGAGCCUGCGAAUCUUCUGGCUGAAGAGAAGGAUGAGGACCUUCUGUUUGAAUAAUCUUUCCUGCUCUGGUUCUUUCCAAGGCCCUGACAUGGCACCAUUUUAGUUCAGUGUGUAGGUUUGGUAUGUGCCGCUGUUUGUUUUUUGGCCUAAAUUUCACUGGUUGUAAAAUUUCCCCGGAUACCCAUUAAUGGGAUUACCUUUGCAGAAUCUUAAUUCAGCAACCAUUUAUCACAGAUGAGAGUUAUAGAACCUGUCCAUGAACUUGUAGAACUUAUUCUGCAGAAGUGUCACCCUAUUCCAUUUAUAUCUGUUACAAGUUAUGGGCUUACCGAGCAUAUUAGGAACCUCCCCUUAGGAAACAGCAGUGAUCUCAGGCCUGCUGCUACUGGCGUCCCCUUUGCUCCUACCCUCUCGCACACCUGGGUGCAGCUGAGAUGACUGCAGCUGUCCCUGUGCUGUUACUGUGGUACCAUCGAUGCUUCCUUGUGUUGUUACUGUGGUGCUUCUCUCCUCAAGCUCUAUGAAAAUCUUUUUCUUUGCAUGACAGGUCUCUGUCCUGUCUGUCAUGGGAGCAGUUUUGCCAAUUUAAAUGUGACUAUGGUAUAAACAGUAAAAUGAUUAAAAAAAAGAGUUGUUCUUUUUUAAAAAAACAAAAAACAAUUAAGGAACCAGAAUCUGUAUCAGUGCCAGUAGGGGGCUUUCCCCUAUGGUGAAGAAUAAAUUAAAAGAUAUUUUGUGUUUCA